AUGUCUCUGGACUAUAACUGUACCGUAGUAUUUGUGUGGACUGCAUUUUUGGUCGAGGAGACAAAUUCACCGGUUCGUAGAAGCCAAACCACAUCAAAACCAAAGCCAAAGACGCUAAGAUUGGAUGUCAUUGACGAGGUCGCAUCGUCAGUGUACCGGGAUGCUGAUAUUGUUGUUUUUGGUUCGUGGCAUUGGUGGGUUAAAGCGAAAACUAAUAAUGGAAUCAACUAUUUCCAAGAAGGCGAUUACUUACACCCAACAAUGGAGACUGAUAAAGCCUACAAGAACGCACUUAAUACUUGGAGAAAAUGGAUUGACAAGCACAUUGAUGCUAACAAAACUCAAGUGUUUUUCCGAGGACAUUCGCUUUCCCAUUACGUGGGAGGUAGAUGGAAUACGGGCGGACACUGCCACUUAGAAAGGGAGCCGAUCAUGAGUAACGAAACGUACGUGCAUCCAUCACCUUCACAGGCGAAAAUACUAGAAGACGUCCUAAGACGAACGAAGACUCCUGUUAUGUAUCUAAAUAUCAGCAAACUUACUUAUUACCGGUCAGACGGACACCCGUCUCUCUACGCGAAAAAUUACACCGCCAAAGAGAGAAUUUUAGUUCUUGAAAUUCAGGAUUGUAGUCAUUGGUGUUUACCUGGUGUGGCUGAUACAUGGAAUGAGUUAUUGUACGCUUCUCUGUUGAAAGCAGGUAAAGGGUCUUUUGGCCGCUUGUAAUAGGGAUCACCACCAUUUCAGCUCAUUCGUCAUAUAAUGGAAAAUUA